GGCCCGGACCCCGGCUACGCGAAUACAGUUAUGGCCACCCAGGUAAUGGGGCAGUCUUCUGGAGGAGGAGGGCUGUUCACUGGCAGUGGCAGUAUUGGCAUGGCGUUGCCUAACGACAUGUAUGACUUGCAUGACCUCUCCAAAGCCGAACUGGCUGCACCUCAGCUUAUCAUGCUGGCAAAUGUGGCUUUAACUGGGGAAGUAAAUGGCAGCUGCUGUGAUUACCUGGUUGGUGAAGAAAGACAGAUGGCAGAAUUGAUGCCUGUUGGGGAUAACAACUUUUCAGACAGUGAUGGAGAAGGACUUGAGGAGUCUCCUGAAAUAAAAGGUGAACCUAAUGGACUGGAAAACAUGGAACUGAGAAAUUUGGAACUCAGUGUUGUAGAACCUCAGCCUGUAUUUGAGGCAUCAGCUGCCUCAGAAGUUUACAACUCAAAUAAAGAUCUUCCUCCAGAAACACCUGGAGGAGAGGACAAAUGCAAGAACUUGAAGACCAAACCCUUUCGCUGUAAGCCAUGCCAGUAUGAGGCAGAAUCUGAAGAACAGUUUGUGCAUCACAUCAGAGUUCACAGUGCCAAGAAAUUUUUUGUGGAGGAAAGUGCAGAGAAGCAAGCAAAAGCCAGGGAAUCUGGCUCUUCCACUCCAGAAGAGGGAGAUUUCUCCAAGGGCCCCAUUCGCUGUGACCGCUGUGGCUACAAUACCAAUCGAUACGAUCACUAUACUGCACACCUGAAACACCAUACCAGAGCUGGGGAUAAUGAGCGAGUCUACAAGUGCAUCAUUUGUACAUAUACAACAGUAAGCGAGUAUCACUGGAGGAAACACUUGAGAAACCAUUUUCCAAGAAAAGUAUACACAUGUGGAAAAUGCAACUAUUUUUCAGACAGAAAAAACAAUUAUGUUCAGCAUGUUAGAACUCACACAGGAGAACGCCCAUAUAAAUGUGAACUUUGUCCAUACUCAAGUUCUCAGAAGACUCAUCUAACUAGACAUAUGCGUACUCAUUCAGGUGAGAAGCCAUUUAAAUGUGAUCAAUGCAGUUAUGUGGCCUCUAAUCAACAUGAAGUAACCCGCCAUGCAAGACAGGUUCACAAUGGGCCCAAACCUCUUAAUUGCCCGCACUGUGACUACAAAACAGCAGAUAGAAGUAACUUCAAAAAACAUGUAGAGCUACAUGUUAACCCACGGCAGUUCAAUUGCCCUGUAUGCGACUAUGCAGCUUCCAAGAAGUGUAAUCUACAGUAUCAUUUCAAAUCUAAGCAUCCUACUUGUCCUAAUAAAACAAUGGAUGUCUCAAAAGUGAAACUAAAGAAAACCAAAAAACGAGAGGCUGACUUACCUGAUAACAAUAUUACCAAUGAAAAAACAGAAACAGAGCAGAUAAAAAUAAAGGGGGAUGUGGCUGGAAAGAAAAAUGAGAAGUCUGUAAAAGGGGAGAAAAGAGAUGUUUCAAAAGAGAAAAAGGCUUGUAGUAGUGUCUCAGUGAUCCACGUGACUACCAGAACUCGCAAAUCAGCAGCAGAGACUAAAGAGAUGGAUGUACACAUGGGAGGUAAUUCAGAAAAGUUCUGUAAAACCAAGAAAAGCAAAAGGAAGAUGGAAGCUGAAGCCCAGUCCUUACGUGAUCCUGCGAAUGGUGAGGAACCUGUGACAAAGAAGAAAAAGAAGGUAGAAAGCAAAUCCAAAAGCUGUCAGGAAGUGCCAAAGGCUGACAGCAAAGUGGAGGAGAAUAAGAAGCAAAAUACCUGCGUGAAAAAAAGUACAAAGAAGAAAACUCUAAAAAACAAGUCAAAUAAAAGAAGCAGCAAGCCUGCUCAAAAGGAACCUGUUCAGAAGGGGCCUGUUCAGAAGGGGCCUGCUCUAGUGGAGGUUGUUCAGAAGGAAACUGCUCAGAUGGAGCUGCCUCCUCCCAUGGAGCUUGUUGAGAAGGGGCCCGCUCAGAUGGGGCCUGCUCCCAUGGAGGCUGUUCAGAAGGGGCCUGCUCAGAUGGAACUGCCUCCUCCCAUGGAGGCUGUUCAGAAGGGGCCUGCUCAGAUGGGGCCUGCUCCUGUGGAGGCUGCUCAGAUGGGGCCUGCUCAGAGGGAGCUGCCUCCUCCUGUGGAGGUGGUUGAGAAGGAGCCUGCUCAGAUGGAACUGCCUCCUCCUGUGGAGGUUGUUGUUCAGGAGGACCCUGCUCAGAUGGAGCCACCUCCUUCCCUAGAUCCUCCUCUUCACAUGGAGCCAAUUCCCAAAAAGUCUCCUCUCCGAAAAGAUAGGAAGGAAAAGGCUAACAUGCAGAGUGAAAUGGCACGGAAGGAGCAAGUCCUCAUUGAAGUUGGCUUGGUGCCUGUGAAAGACAGCCGACUUCUGAAGGAAGGCGCAAGGACACAGGAUCUCUUAGCACCGUCACCGCUGCUGCCAAAGGAAAGCUUAAAAGAAGAGGCAUCAAAAGACCAAAAAUUAUUCUCCGAAGGUGAAGGAAAUAAGGAAGCCCUUCUUCAGAAAGGAGCAGAAGAGGCAGAUGAGAGCCUAGCUGGUCUUGCUGCUUUUAUCAAGGAAUCCACCAACGUUUCCUCCUCUGGACAAAACUUGAAUAAGCCAGAGGGUGAAACUUUAGAUGGUAAAUACCAGACCGACGGUACUGUUUGUGAAAUGGAACUGGACACUGGUCAGAACACCACAGAGAGUCUGCCUGGCAAAGACUCCGCAGUCGAAGAACCAGUUUCGCCAUCGCUCCUUCCCCCACCAACAGAAGAAAGUGAAGCCGCGUCCAAAACUCCUCUGACAUCACCUCCCAUCACCAUGGCAGUAAGCGAGUCUCAGGAAAUCGAUGAAGACGAAGGCAUACACAGUCAUGAUGGAAGUGACCUAAGUGACAACAUGUCAGAGGGUAGUGAUGAUUCCGGAUUGCAUGGGGCUCGGCCAGCUCCACAGGAAGCUAGUAGAAAAAAUGCAAAGGAAGCCUUGGCAGUGAAGGUGUCCAAGGGAGAUUUUAUCUGUAUCUUCUGCGAUCGCUCUUUCAGAAAGGAGAAAGAUUUCAGCAAACACCUCAAUCGCCAUUUGGUUAAUGUGUACUUCCUAGAAAAAGCAGCUCAAGGACAGGAGUAAUGAAACUUUGGACAAGGUUUCAGUUCUUAGUUCUAAGGUCUAUUACAUUUUAUAUCCACUUAUAAUAGUAGACAACUUUUUAAGAUUGCUUUAAUUAGUGUCCAGUGUUGAUUUUUAAGUGGCAUUCUUUUCCUUAGGACUUUAUAUAGACCUGUUGAUUGUUGUAUACAUUUUAGCAAAUCCAAGGGAGUUAGUGUACUAAACCAGCAGAUAAACCUAAAUCUAUUAGCGUAUGUGUUUAACUGAAAUGAGACGGCCAAGAUGGUAUAAUAGCAUUCUAUUGCUUUGUCCAGCUACAGCUUGUCAGUUUUUUUCUCCAUGUCUGUCUUCCUGUUUUACUUUAGUUUGUUUUUAGUUCCUUGUUUAGCUCUAUAAAAAAUUGGCCUACUUAAUAGCAAAUUACUUGAAGAAUUUGCCUGCUUUAUAUAAAGUUAGCACUUUAAGAUUUUUUUUUAGAGAAGAGAAGACAUUUAAAUCGAAGAGAAAUUCUCCCAACAAUGGACAUUCUAUCAGUCCAGGUAUUUACUUCCUGAAUUUUGAUCAAUAUUUCUAAUUUGUAUAUGUUAAUUGUCAUAAAAACAGUGAUUUUGGUGUGUUUUAUUUUGGUGCUUUAAUGGCUUAAGAUGUUG